AUGCUCUUGAGAGCCGACUUCUGUGCCGACGAGGUGAUCUUCGAGAUGUCCACGGCACCGUUGGCCUCGGCGUGGGCGUUGGCCGUGGCCAGCCCGGAACGCGCGUCCAAAACCUGCGGGUUCACACGCGAGUCGAGUGUCUUGGUGGCCGAGUCGGUGGCUUUAUUCAGAAUCCGCGCAAUGUUGAUCACUUUCGAGGCCUCGUACGCUCCCCCGCUGCCGGUGGCACCGGCCUGCAGGUUGCUGAUGGUGGCCCGGCCAGACCGCACGUCGUCAAAGUCGUACAGCUCCUGCAACGCAGACUUGGCCGGGGCGUUCGAAGGCUUCUUCAGCACCGACGCAGCCGCGUCCUGCGACUCCACAAACUCGGACGACUCCACGUCCUCCUCGUAG